AUGUGGUCCCGUAUCAGUUGGGUGAUCAGUUUGAUGCUGUUCUCUUGGGCACCGCCGCCGUCUAGUACCACCAAGCUGGAUGAAGAAGACAUCAAUGAACUUGGCGAUCAUCAUGAAGGUCACUUAGAUGUCGAGAAUGCAUUCAAUGGAGUGCUGUCGGACUGGAAGAAAGCAGAGCCCCUGGCCCGUGGGCUCUCUCGAUGUUUCUACGACACUCCGACAUAUCCUCAAGCACAAGGCCGUAGACUCGCCAUCAGCCUUCUCAAAUGUCUUCGCAGUGGGCUUCUCUUAGGAGGAUUUGUCGAGCUUGCUGCUAUGCUGACAGCCGCCCUCCCGCCCAUCAUCUUGCGCUGGCUUCUCGUAGCUCUACCAGAGCCGACCAAAGACGCACAUACCUCUGAGGCAGAUAGACCUCUGCAAGAUGAGCAAGAGAGCUACGACGCCCGAAUAACUCAUUGUUACGGUCUAGUUGCAGCCAUGGCACUCUCACAGAUGGCUGCUGGCAUCCUCAUCAACGCGUCGCGAUACAAGCUAGAAGGCGUCGGAGCCCAGGCAAAGGCUGCUCUCACGUACAUCAUCAUGGACAAGGCCUUCUUGGCACCUCCUUCUUCGGCCGCAAUUACCUCACCUCAAAGAGUUCAAGGAACGAAAAGGGGCCCGAGACGUCAAAUCUGGAACUCCGGCGCCGUGUUUAACCUCGCAUCCGUGGAAGCCUCACGCAUAGAGGAUUGCAUCAGCGGUAUUAACGCUAUCUGGACCGUACCAGCUAGCUUCAUCCUCGCGAUCCCCAUGUUGGUUGCGAAUGUAGAUACUUCAUCGCUAGGCGGCAUGGUGAUCUUGCUUCUAGGUCUUCCUAUCUUCACCAGCGUCGCUCUCCGCAUCUGGGGCGAGCAAAAGGCUCUCAGCGGACUCUGCCGACGGCGAGCGGCCAGCACACAACAAGUGAUCCAAGGCAUCCGCGGAAUCAAACUCGCAGGAUGGGCUUCCCAGACCAUGGUUCUAAACAAGCUGUGCGGGAUGAGGGUCGUGGAAAUGGUGACGGCAAGCCGGUUAUGGCACAACCGCGCGGUGCUCGAAGCCGCGUGCGCUCUCUUGCCGACAUUGGCAUCUAUGGCAAGCCUUAUCCUCUAUGAUGCGUUCCACGAGGGCGUACCUGACCCAGCAAAGGCUUUCUCAUCCUUUGCUAUGUUCUUGGCGCUCAAACCGCAUGUAAAUCGUGCGGCACAGGCAGCGGUACAGUUGCAGGAUCUUCUGGUGGGAUGCCGCGCGAUUGAGCAGUGGUUAGAGACGGAGGAGCCUGGUGAACUGAUGGCGAAGUCUGCCGACUGGGCAGUUGAUAUAGCUCAGGAUACAGUCGUUUGCUGGCCAGCCACAUCUGAAGAUGGCGACUUCGUACUGGCCUUUGACACCCAGGUUCGAAUCAUGAAAGGUGAAACGGUGGCCGUCUGUGGCGCACCUGGGUCUGGCAAAUCAUCUUUGCUAUGUGCGGUCGCAGGCCAAAUGUGCCUCGAGUCCGGCAGGUUAGAACUGGGCAUCGGGUCAAAUGUGGCCAUGGCUGGCCAGACACCAUGGAUGAGGAGAGGAACGAUCCGCAGCAAUGUUCUCUUUGACCAGAAGUUUGACGAGACAAGAUAUUGGAAAGUGCUGGGCGCUUCAGCUCUCCUGAGCGAUAUCGACAGAAUGCACCGUCGGGAUCUCACGAUUAUUGGCUCUGGUGGUCAAGGUCUCUCAAGCGGACAAGCUCAACGUGUCAGUCUGGCCCGAUCAAUGUAUUCGGAUGCCGACAUCGUCCUCAUUGACGACUGUCUCCGAAACCUUGACCCUGCAACGGGCAAAGCCGUGUUCGAAGGCGGGAUUUGCAGCUUGUUGGAGGGCAAAACGCGCAUCAUCGCAACAAACCAGGCUUGGUUGGCCCAUCGGUGUGACCGGGUGCUGUGGCUCGAACAUGGACGUAUCAAUGAGUUGAGGUCUCUGGAUAAACUUGAGCAGCAUUUGCCAUCCAUCGGAGUGGACGAAUCUCCUCGGACCACGACGACGCAACCGCCAGCAGGACAACUCUUCUUGUAUAAGGAUGCAACACAGACACCAGGCCUGACUCCUGCACACGCAUCUGUUGUAUCAACACCACAAACAGAUGUGAAAGUGCGAAAAUCCUUCGACUUAUACCUGGAACUCGUGGGUGGGCCAAAAGCAACGUCUACAGCAGGAGGUAUCGUCUUUUGUUGGCAAGUGACCGCCGCCGGCCUAGUGCUUUGGCUCUCACUGUGGACUUCUAAUCGGCUGGGGCUGUCGGGCUUUGCAUCUGUAUCAGUCUUCGCCGUGCUAGGAUUUGGAGAGGCGAUUCUGGCGUAUUUGUUGUGCGUGAACGUCACCAGAAGGAUGUUGCAAGCGAGCCACAGCUUGUGGGAACGAUCAGUGAGACGUGUAGUUGGGGCACCAGUGAGGUUCUUCCAAGGCCAUCUCUUGGGGAGCAUCAUGGAUCGCCUCUCCAAAGAUGUAGACACAACUGAUAGAGAGCUGAUUGAGGCAACGCGCAAUGCUACACUCCAUCUGGCGCGCCUGCUGGGUGGAGUUACCCUGAUGUUGGCGAUGCAGAUCAAUCUUAUCGUUGUUGUAGUGCCAGGCCUAGCUGCCGUCGUCGCUAUGAUGCGCCGUUACGCUCCUCGUUUGAAGACUGUCCGAUCUCGCGAAGCUGAGCUACGGUCCCGCGUGAACGCUGCAUUCAGCGAGAGCGUCGACGGCGCCAGCUGCAUCUCCGUUUACAGGGUCGAAACAUCGGCUCGUUCUCUUCUUGUCCAACGGCUGAAUUCCUGGAGCAGUAUCCGUCUGCUGGCCGCCGCAAACCUACGCUGGCUUGAAGUGAGACUUGACGCUGUUGUUGCCAGUACUAUUGGGCUCACGGGUCUGCUUGUCGUGGCUUCCUCAGCUUCACUAUCACCUUCCAUCAUUGGCCUGAUAAUGAGUCAGGCUUUGGUACUUCCGGCAUCCCUGCGACAAGGCAUGAGGUUCUCUACGAGCGCACUUCAGUCGAUGGUCGCAGUUGACCGUCUGACAUCUUAUGCGACCAGUCUACCUCGAGAGGGUGAGACGGGGCGUGCCUUGGAAUACCGUUUUUCUCUUGAACAAUCGUGGCCGAUCACUGGGGAGAUAGCCGUUCGGAACGUGAGUGUCUCUCACCGUCAAGAGCGUGACCGGGAGACAUCCUCUGCGUUGCAGCAAAUGUCAUUCACCAUCCAAGGCGGUACGCAUGUCGCGGUUGUAGGCCCCACAGGGGGAGGCAAAUCGACUCUAGUCGCCCUACUCCUCCGCUUACUCGAUCCCACGAUGGGAACCGUCACCCUAGAUGGCAUACCGAUGGUGGACAUUCCGCUGCAUGUCCUCCGGUCCCAUCUUGUUGCAGUCCCUCACGAUGCCGCCUCAUUCCCCGAUAGCACUGUCCGCGAAGUUGUCGAUCCCAAAGGCAGCCAUUCUCGUGACGAUAUCAUUCGUCUACUCUCGGACUUGGACAGAUUAGCCGGAAUGCAUAGUCAGGCAACUCUCGUCCUCGACGAACUUAUUGACGAGCAGGUGGCACAAGGGACAGGGAGAGCACAACUGGCUGCCUUAGCAUCCGUGAUACUCCAGAAACCACGGGUAUGUGUGCUGGACGAGGCACUGGGAAGCUUAAGCGUCCAAUCGGACGUUGAAGUUACCAAGAUGGUAAAAGAGAGACUGAGGGGCAGCACCAUGGUGGUGGUCACGCAUCGCAUGGAGGUUGCAAUGCUGUUUGAUCGAGUACUCGUGCUUGACCAGGGCAGCGUACAGGUUUAUGGUGACCUCCUCGAUGUGUGGAGCAAGAAUGAAUUCUUUAGAAAAGCGUGCGAUAGAGACGGAGUUGUACUUGAGAAGAUUAGGAAAGUCGGGAUAGAUAGUUGA